CAGGGUUUGGCCCAAGUUUGGCCCAGCUUCCCCGCCACUUCCAAAAGGUAUAAAAGGACGAGGGAUUUAGUUCUCCUCCCUUCACUCCUUUCUCUCUGUCCACACACACGCAUAACAUAUUUUAUCAACUUACGCUCUCACAACCAAUAACAUCUUCACUAUGUCUGACACUGGACGUCAAUCUAUGACCGACAAGGCUGCUUCUACCAUGAAGCCCGACUCUCAGAAGUCGAUGACCGAGCAUGCUGGUGACAAGGUCAAAGGUGUAUCUGAUUCCGUCGCUUCUACUUUGCAACCUCAGAGCGAGAAAUCCACCACCCAGAAGGCCGGCGACACGUUGAGUGGAAACUCCAACGAAGACCAGGAGUCUUUGACGGACAAGGCCAAGCACGUCAUGGGCUUGGGGGGCGCGGAGAGAAAGUAGAUAGGUUUUUUCAGACCUUGGAGAGUGUCACAUUUUGUAUAUUAUAAUGGUGGACUCUUAAAUGUA